CACAUAUAGUCUAUUGUACAAACACUAAAAACAUGACACACAUACAGUCUCCACUCUUUAAUGAGAAACCCCAAACCCCAACCUUCCCACCCUCUCUACUGUUCCUCAUUGGUAACAGUAAUACCAAACCAGCAGCAUCGUUGACAGGCGCCGUUUCCCUCUCUCUCUCUCUGUGCAAUUAUAGUUAGUCUACCACUAUCUUUAUAAACCCUGACCAAACUCUCCCUUUCUCUCUCAUCAAAAUUCAAAUACGAAAACAAAAUCAUGCUGGUUUCUUCACAUCCACUACCUCACUGGCUUCAAGUGCUUCUCAGAGAAAAGUUCUUUAACGCUUGUAUAAUUCAUGAAGAUGCAAAGAAGAACGAGAAGAACAUAUUUUGCUUGGACUGUUGUACCAGUAUAUGCCCUCAUUGCUUAGCUCCUCACAGCACUCACAGGCUUCUACAGAUAAGAAGGUAUGUAUAUCACGAUGUUAUCAGGCUGGGUGAUGCUCAGAAAUUGUUCGACUGCGCCUUUGUUCAAUCCUACACCACCAACAGUGCAAAAGUGGUAUUCUUAAAUCCCAGGCCACAAACAAGGCAAUUCAGAGGCUCCGGCAACAUCUGUAACACCUGCGAUAGAAGCUUACAGGACCCUUAUCUGUUCUGCUCUCUUUCCUGCAAGAUUGAUCAUGUCAUUAGAAACAAAGGUGUGGGUGGGCUAUCUAGUUUCCUCUUCGACUGCAAGUUCUUGUCUUUGCCUGAACAAGGUUCAGAUGACGGUUUGAUGACUCCUGACUCGGUCCUUGAACCCGCCCCUUCAACUCGGACGUCUUCUAGCUCAGGUGGGUAUGGUGGGGUUGGGUGUCGGACACUUGCUUGCACUGCUACAACUGAAAUUGUGAGAAAAAAAAGGAGUAGCUUAUCGGCUUGCCGGCCAAUAUUCCCACAGAUAUCCGAAAUAUCGGCCGGUCUGAUGAAUCGAAGGAAGAAAACUCCGAAUCGGGCUCCGCUUUACUGAAUAGCGUGUAACAACGGCGGGGAUGGGGGCGGGGAGAGAGAGAGAAGAGAGAGAGAGAGAGAGAGUGAGGGGUGAGGGAGGUAGGGAUAAAUUUGGUAUUGUGACUGUUUAUAGGAGGGUAAUUUGGGGAAACUAAAAGAAGAUCUCCCGUUUUUGUCUAGGCGACUCUCUCCCUCUCUCUCCCUCUCUCAUAGCAGUCUCAAUUUUAGUGGUUCGGUUCUGGCAAAUCAAAUUAUUCAAUGGCUCUUUUUCCGCCUUCUUUUACAGACCUACAGUAACUAAGAGUGACCAGAGGACCCUGUUUUGUUUUCCCUUUUCUUUCCCCUGAUUGAUGAGAAAUUAUUGUCAUUCUUAUCUCCAUUUUCUGCACCUAUUAUCUCUUUUAAAUUAACACUUAUUUUUCCUUA